GCAUUAAAGAAGAAGCAGAAGAAGAAGAAUCAUCAAAAGCAUGUUAUAGUCGCCAUGUCAGCCGACCGGAUUGCAUUCAUCAUCUUCUUCAUUUUAUUCACAGGAAAGGAUGCAAUUGGAGAUUCAUUAGAAUCCGACAAGCAAGUACUCCUCAAUCUCAAGUCAUUUCUCGAGCAAAAGAACACAGUGAAUCAAGGAAAUUAUAAGAAAUGGGACCGCCAAGCACCGACGCCCUGCAUGUGGCCGGGAAUUUCUUGUUCCGGCGACCGAGUGACUGAGAUCAGACUCCCUGAAAACAGCAUCGCCGGAAAUUUAUUUGGGAAUUUCUCGGCCUUGACGCAGCUUGCCUACCUAGACCUCUCAGCAAACACGAUUGAUGGCACCAUUCCAGCCGACUUGGGUGGUUGCCGGAACCUCAAAGUAUUGAACCUGUCGCACAAUAUUAUCGACGGUCAGUUCAAUUUCACCGGACUCGAUAAUCUGCAAAUUCUUGAUUUAUCAGUCAACAGGCUAUCAGGCGACAUCAUGAUGAGUUUCCCCAGGAUUUGCAACAGUUUGGUGGUUGCCAAUCUCUCUACCAAUAAUUUCACCGGAGAAAUUAGUUCAAUGGAUGGAUGCUCCAAGUUGGAAUACGUCGAUUUGAGUUCGAAUUUCUUCACGGGAAACUUGUGGUUUGGAUUCCAUAGGUUUAAGGAGUUUUCAGUGUCGGAAAACAAUUUAAACGACAGCCUGCCGGCCUGGAUUUUCCCGGAAAAUUGCACUUUAGAGGCGCUGGACCUCUCCGAAAACACAUUUUCCGGCGGAAUCCCGAAAGAGAUUUCCAACUGUAAGAACUUAACCAUCUUGGACCUCUCUGGGAACCAUUUUUCUGAUAAGAUUCCGACAGAGCUUGGAUUGCUUACAAAACUGGAGCAACUAUUCUUGGGUAACAACUCCAUUUCUAGAGAAAUUCCAGAAUCUUUACUGGGAUUGAGGAUCUUGAAAUACUUGGAUCUUAGUCGGAAUAAUUUUGGAGGAGAUAUACAAGAGAUUUUUGGGCGAUUUACCCAAGUGAAAAAUCUUCUCCUUCAUGCAAAUGGAUACACCGGCGGAUUGAAUUCAUCGGGAAUACUUCGGUUGCAGAACGUUUCACGAUUAGACUUGAGUUUCAACAAUCUGUCAGGUCCAUUACCACCAGAAAUAUCUCAGAUGUCAAGUUUGAAGUAUCUGAUUCUUGCUCACAACCAUUUCUCCGGCAGGAUUCCAUCUGAAUUUGGAAAUUUACGAGGACUUCAAGCUCUCGAUCUUUCAAUUAAUGAUUUAAAUGGGUCAAUCCCUCAAAGUUUGGGACGAUUAAGCUCCCUAUUGUGGUUGAUGCUUGCCAACAAUUCCUUAUCGGGUCAAAUACCACCUCAGUUAGGGAAUUGUAGCAGCUUGUUGUGGUUAAAUCUUGCAAACAAUCAACUUUCCGGUCAAAUUUCGCCGGAGUUAGCUAAUAUCGGCAGGAACGCCGCACCCACUUUUCUAUUUAAUAGAGAAAACAACCCGAUGGCAGGCUCCGGUGAGUGCUCGGCGAUGAGAAGAUGGAUACCUGCAAAUUAUCCACCUUUCAGUUUUGUUUACACACUUCUUAACAGAAAGAAAUGUAGAAGCUUAUGGGACACAAUUCUCAAAGGACAUGGAAUUUUUCAAGUUUGCCUCCCGGGAUCCAACAUUCGAACACGACAGAUAUCAGGUUAUAUUCAACUCAGUGGAAACCGAUUAUCCGGCCAGAUACCGCCGGAAAUCGGAAAAAUGGAUAAUUUCACGAUGGUGCAUUUGGGGGAUAACGAAUUUUCUGGGACGCUUCCGGCCGAGAUUGGGGGAAUGCCGCUUGUCGUGUUGAAUAUUUCUCGUAACAAUUUCUCAGGCCGAAUUCCGAUACAGCUUGGGUAUCUCAAGUGUUUGAGAAAUCUUGAUUUGUCAUACAACAAUUUUUCCGGUACGUUUCCGACCAACUUGAACAAUUUGACCGAUUUGAGCAAGUUCAAUGUUUCCUACAACCCGUAUAUUUCCGGCGUGAUUCCGGCGAUUGGCCAGUUGGCUACCUUUGAGAAAGCGUCAUUCCUUGGAGACCCGUUGUUAAGUCUUCCCUCAUUUAUAGAUAAUUCAACAAACAGCUCAACUGCAAACGGUGGUCGCAGAUCACAACCACCCAGAAAAUGGAGUGCAGUUUUGGUGUUCAUGUUUCUACUGCUAGCUUUCACGGUGUUCGGAGUGAUGACAAUCCUAAUCUGUUUUGUGAUCAAGAGCCCUGUAGAUCAACCUCCAUAUCUGAUGAACCAAAUAAAGUCCGGAAAAGACUUCACAUUGAAUUCCGGCUGCUCGUCACCAUGGUCAUCUGAAACCGUAAAAGUAAUCCGUUUGGACAAAACGGCAUUCACGCAUGCCGACAUCUUGAAAGCCACCGGGAACUUUGCGAACGAAAGAAUCAUUGGGAGGGGUGGUUUCGGAACGGUUUACCGAGGUUUAUUGCCGGAUGGAAGAGAAGUUGCGAUCAAGAAGAAAUUAAGAGAAGGUAUAGAGGGUGAACGAGAGUUUCGAGCCGAAAUGGAGGUGCUCACUAGAAAUGGGUUUGGCUGGCCACACCCGAACCUGGUGACGUUGUACGGUUGGUGCUUGUAUGGGUCGGAAAAACUAUUGGUAUACGAGUAUAUGGAAGGCGGGACUUUAGAAGAUGUGAUUCCCGAUCGAAGCGGGUUCAAUUGGAAGCGACGGAUUGACGUUGCGAUCGAUGUAGCCCACGCUUUGGUGUUCCUACACCACGAGUGUUAUCCGGCCAUCGUUCAUCGAGACGUGAAAGCCAACAACGUGUUGUUGGACAAAAACGGGAAGGCUCGGGUCACUGAUUUCGGGCUGGCGAGAGUGGUGGAUGUCGGGGAUAGCCACGUCAGCACGAUGGUGGCGGGAACGAUCGGGUACGUGGCACCGGAGUACGGGCAAACAUGGAAAGCGACCACAAAAGGCGACGUUUACAGUUAUGGAGUGUUGGUGAUGGAGCUAGCAACAGGGAGGCGGGCGGUGGAUGGCGGAGAGGAGUGUCUAGUGGAGUGGUCGAGAAAGGUGGAUUCAAUGAUCCCGGUAUCGUUGCUGGCGACAGCAGGGGCGGCGGAAGGGGCGGUGGAAAUGUGCGAAUUGCUUCGGAUCGGGAUAAGGUGUACGGCGGAGGCACCUCAAUUCCGGCCAAAUAUGAAGGAGGUGUUAGAUAUGUUGGUGCGGAUUCUGGCCAAUCGCAAGGAUUUUAGCUAUGGCUCUUUUAUACCCUCCUCCUGAGUCCUAAUCCUAAUGUGAAUGUAAAUUUGUUAUAUUAUUCUUCAUAAAUAUAUGAUUUGAUGUUAGAUAGCCAUUUGACGUUUCUUUUUGGUCCUCUUGUAAACAUGAUUUUGAUCCAUC